GAAGCGUUACCAUGGAAUUGCGGAAAUACACGCGUUCCUGCUGAGAAGGGCUGGGGAUGCUUUAAGCGAUCCACGUUUUCUUUGGGAGGGGAAAGUAAAAAGACGCGAAAUGAGGAGCUGCUUUUACUCCAGGUUAUGCAUCCAAUGGGAUUUUCUACAUGACUGAUGCCAUCACACAGGAUGUUUGGACAGACUUGUGUCCUCACAGAUUUUUUUUAUCACUGUCAAAGCCUAUUUAAGGACAUUUCUUUAAAAAAUAACAUUCAAAUGAAUUAUGUGAAUGGACUAUUUUUGACUGUAUAUUCCCAUGGAAAGCGUUUUUGUACUGAAGAAUGUACAAAGUUGAAGCUGACAGACAAGAUUUAGUCCCCGAAAGUGUGAAGGAAAUCAGCCAAAGGAAAGGAGGACAGUGAAGAUCGGGUCAAAGAUGCUUCAGACUGGAAACUACUCACUGGUACUGCUGAUCCAACUGGUCCUGCUGGCCUAUGACCUCUUUGUUAACUCCUUUAGUGAACUUCUGAGGAGAGCUCCUGUCAUCCAGCUUGUGCUUUUCAUCAUCCAGGACAUCGCCAUCUUGUUCAACGUCAUCAUCAUCCUCCUGAUGAUGUUCAACACCUACGUGUUCCAGGUCGGCCUCGUGUCUGUGCUGCUGGGCAGAUUCAGGGCUCUGCUUGUUUUCUCCGCUCUCUACCUGACCCUCAGCAUCUGCCUCCACUGCUGGGUGUUGAACCUAAGGUGGCUCGAGUCAAACCGUUUUGUGUGGACAGACGGUCUUCUGACUCUUUUUGUUUUCCAGAGAACAGCGGCUGUGUUCUACUACUACUUAUACAAACGGACAGCAGAGCACAUAGGGGACCCGAGGCUGUAUGAGGACUCUAUGUGGCUGCGUGAUCAAUUUACCAGAGCUCGUCAGUGACAACGGGACAGUGUUGAGAGAAACAUUAAAGCCUCCAUUGUGGAAACUGCCAUCUGACAAGACCAGGCAGGAUCACCAGUGACUGAAAUCUGAAUGAUUUCCUGCUUGAAAGUGUUGGACUAUAGGAUAACUGUCAUUGAGCAGACACUGAAUUCACAAACUGUUGGUGAAUGACUCGGGUUGUGUUUACCGACUCCUCAUACUGAGACAGACAGUAUGGCGGGCAAGCCAAGGAUGGCACAUGUAGUAUAGAAUUAAUCAGGAUUGAGCCUGUUAAUCUUUGUGGCCUUUUAAAAACAACCUACCACACACUUACUGUUAAUGAAAUGGAAAAAGUUUGGCCUGCCUUUGUGUUAUUUCCUAUCUUGUACAAAUCAACUCAAAUUAGAAGAUGUAGUCCUAGUCCAGCUGGUAGUUUUUUUAUUUCCUUCAAAGAAAGAUGAUUUUUUUUUUUUUUUUGCCUUAUGUUCAUGUUAGUAUGUGCUGUUUACAUGUUAAAAGUGAGUUAAACAAGCCAAUUUUUAUGUGAAUUCAGUUGGAUUUUUAGUUGGAUUCUUUCAGAUUUGGAUUCAGUUUUUUUUAUAAUUAAAUAAUCCUUAUCUAA